UUGGAAGUAACAAUAAUAAUUUGUGGAUUCCAUUGUAGGAAAUUUUGGCCAGUGACCUUGUCGAUCCUUGGAGAUAAUAAAAAGGUUUUGCCAACCACAAAAGAUGCUUGUUUUGCCUCAGCAGUGGAAUGUCUGCAGCAGAUCAGCACGACAUUUACUCCAUCAGACAAACUUAAAGUCAUCCAGCAGACUUUUGAAGAGAUCUCUCAGAGUGUCCUAGCAUCACUCCAGGAAGACUUCUUGUGGUCCAUGGAUGAUUUGUUUCCUGUUUUCUUAUAUGUGGUGCUACGGGCCAGGAUUAGGAAUUUAGGGUCUGAGGUGCAUCUCAUUGAGGAUCUGAUGGACCCCUAUCUUCAACAUGGGGAGCAGGGUAUAAUGUUCACCACCUUGAAGGCAUGUUACUACCAGAUCCAGCGUGAGAAGCUUAAUUAGACUACAUAACAGCUUAAAGACAGGAUUAUCUGCUACGGAGUCACAGCACCAUCUGGAGUCUUCCUGUAGUAGCAAAAGUGUUGAAAUUGGAAAGGACUUUAUGUUACUUGGGUUGUUAUUUCUGAGCCUUACUAAUAAUGAGAUCUCUGAGCCCAGAGAAAAAGACUGUAGAGUUUAAAGGGAGAAUUGAAAAGGAGGUAGAAAUCAGAUUAGACUAGCCCUUGGCCUGUGUUAAAUUCCAAAAAUAUCAUUCAUCUACUAUUUGGAAAAAGAAGAGAUCCCUUCCUAAGGUAAAGGGUAUGUCAGCUAUGUGAAGUUGUAAGAAAAUUCCCAGUCUAGCUUCUGACAUUAAAGGAGUUGUUGAAUAUUUUUGAGUUUCUGAUUUGCCUGAAUCCAUCUGCAGUUACCCAGAUCCCUUUGCAAGAACUAGAUUGUACUUGAAACUAUAGUGGGCCACACUCUGCCUUCCUAAAUCCCUUCCAAUCAUGUAUGUAUCAUGCUUUUUUGCUGAAAGAGGAACUUUUAAACUACAGUUUUAACUUUUUUAAGCUUUUCCAUGACGGGAGAGGUUUCAUGCAGUGACUACCACAUCCUCCCCCCAUCCCCCACCUCAAACAUGGAACACAUCUAAAUAGGAGUUUUCUGUCUCCUGAUUAAGAAGACCAUAGGAAUUUGGGGUUUGGUUUCCUCACUAAGCUACACUGGAAUACAAAACACUGACUCUGAGCUGCUGUGGAACCUCAUUUGUCCCUGUGCAAACGCUGUCUUCUGUGGCCUGUGAAGGAGAGCCUGAGGAGCUUUGCAUGCAGGCUGUAUUUUGGAGCAGGAUGAAAGAUUGGGAAAGGCGGAAGCAAAGAACUGCAUCGAUCAAUCUGGUGUUGUGGUUCUUCCCUAUACCUCGCACUGAACUCACAGAGAAGAAAAAGGAAAUAAGCUUUGGCUUUUUCCAUCUCAAAAGUAUUAUAGCACCUCAACAUGUUAGUGUUUUGCGUUUCUGAACUGUCCCAUUCUAAGUUGUUGGUUUACUGUAUAAGUAACACUAGUAGCUGUUUUGAAUAAUAUAGGUGCUCUUCCUCAUCUCAUCUCCUGCACACCGUGGUGAGCAUAUGGAGUGUCCUGAUUUAUGUAAAGUGACUCAGCAAAUGUUAAAUACUUUUGAAAAAGGAUCAUGGUUUCUGCUGUACUUUAUAAUCAAGAUAAGUGUUUAUUAAAAUACUGUUUUGGAAUGUUGGCUGUGAUGUAACAGCGAUUUUCAUAAUAAAAGGCAUUGGUCUUUAA